GCUACAAGGUACCAUUCUCAUUUUUCUCCUGCUCUCCUAAUUUUCUUGCACUACAAGGGACGGUGACAGAAGAAGAGUACCACCAUUCUUCGUUAGUGUGUGUGGUGACUUCAUGGCUGAUAAUGAUGAUGCUUGGGCGGUGAUGAAACCGAUCGCUCCUGGCUUCCGAUUUCAUCCAACCGAUGAAGAACUCAUUACCUAUUACUUGAAGAGGAAGGUUCAGGGCAAACCGAUGCGUUUCGAUGCGAUAAGAGAAGUCAAUGUUUACAAGCACGAGCCCUCUGACUUAGCAGAGCUUUCGAGGUUGAAGACAAAGGACCAAGAAUGGUACUUCUUCUGUCCCCUGGAGAAGAGGCAAAACAGCUCUACGGUUAUAAACCGAGCAACGAAGAAAGGCUACUGGAAGAAAACGGGAGAAGACAAGCAAAUCAAGAGAGGAGGAGACGAUAAGGUGAUCGGUGUGGUGAAGACCCUUGUGUUUCACAGAGGACGUUCUCCAAAGGGUAACCGAACCAACUGGGUCAUCUAUGAGUAUCGCCUCGUUCUAAAGAAACUUGAGAUAGAUUCUUACGUGUUGUGCAGAGUGAUCCGCAAGGAACACGCCGGGCCAUCUACUGCAUGCAUAUAUGCACCCUUCUCCGAACAAGACUGGGAUGAUGAUGGUGGAAUCAACGAGAAGAUUCAGCAGGUUUGUCCUUGCACACAGCUUUAA